GAUACGUUUAUGGCCUGGAGUAGUCCGGUACUGUCAACCCAUUACAAACAACAUCUUUUUGUAGGUCUCUUGAAAUCUCGUUUGAAUAUUAAUCCGACGAGCCACGUCAUACUGUAUUGAGUGCUGAUUGUGUUCUUCCCUUUUAAUCCAGUGAACAACUGGUUGCUGUUGAAUUUAUUUUCAUCAAAGCAUUUACUGCGAUUGAGUUCGGGAAUUUGUUAUUGAUAUCAACUCUGUUAACAUACUCCAUACUGUGAUAAUGAAUAUUCCAUUAGCCCUCCGUAUUUCUUCGGACUUACUGACGAUUAUUUUACUUCAUGUUGUUUAUUUUCUGAUCAAGUACUGUGGAAGUCAUAAAUGGAGUUUCUUCUGUGAUGAUUGGAGUAUCAAAUAUCCAUAUAAAGGCAAUACUAUUACUGAUGUAGUAGUAACCGUAGUUAGUUAUCUCACGCCACUUGUUACAAUUUUCUUAGUUGAGAUAAUCACUGCUGUACUGAAGAAACGUACUGAAAAUAAAAAUUAUUCAAUUAAGGGUUCUUUACCAUUUAUCUAUGAUUUCUGUGUUGCCGCUCUUAUAUCUCUUGGAACGACGUUUUUUCUAACUACAAUUACAAAAUACAAUCUUGGCCGGUUGAGGCCACAUUUUUGGGAUAUUUGCCAACCAAAUGUCCCUGUAAAUUGUACUGGUUUGCAGACAACGUAUACAUGUCAGGGUACCAAUUCAAAGUUGAUUGCUGAUGUAUUUUUGUCAUUCAUGUCAGGCCAUGCAUCAACAGCUUCUGCUAGUUUAUUCUUCACUGUGAUUUAUUUACAGGCUCGACUGCAUCUACCUGUUAUACCUUUCCUACGACCAUUUCUACAAUACGUUCUGCUUUCUGUUUUGUUUUACAUAUGCGCCACACGUGUAACUGAUCAUUAUCAUCAUCCAACAGAUGUAUUAGCUGGAGCUAUAUUAGGCCUUUUGACUUCUGUCUUCGCCUUUUUUUGGUAUUUGGGUAACGCGUUCAGUCAAAACGAAAGUGUUAAAACAUCUCCCUAAUAAGCUGAUGAUGCAGUUCAGGAUACCGCUUCCGGUCAUUGGCUACAAAAAGAAAAUUGGAAGUGGAGUUACUUCUUUUUCUUUAACAGAGAUUUUGAUAACCGUAACUUCUUGAUGCAUAUCCCUUUUUAAGUAAUAAAGUUCCUGCUUACUUGUUCUAUUAUUAUUUUUUUAUUCCAUUCCUAGACUAAUUUACUACUUUGAUCAGUUUCAAUUUUUUAACGUUAAAUAAAUGGUGUAUAUUCGUUUUUAUGGUUGAGGUUGUUUGCUUGCGCGUUUAAAACAAUUAUGCAAGUGGUUAGAUAAUUGAAUCUUUUCGGAUUGUUUUAUCUAUGGGGUUUUCUGUUCCCCGAAUAAUUAAAAUCCAGUAUACCAUUCAUCCAUACUACGUUCUUUUGUUUCGUCUUUAACUGAUGUGUACUGAUUUCAAACAAGCUCCCCAUUUUUAUUGUAUCACCUAAUCAUUUCAGUUUAUAACUUCAUAAUGCAGUGAAAAUCACUGACCAUGCAAAACAUUCAUUGUGCAUCGGGGGUUACAGGGUAUUAAAGAAUCUAAACCAAAUAAUAAUACUUAAAGUUACGGCUUUUUUCCA